UCCUUAGCAACGGGGGAACGGAGGACGAAGGUCUCUGGUGCCUUUUGAGCUCCUGCACAGUGAGUGAACGUUGUCUAACAGGAAAACCCUUCCCAUGUUCCUGUUCUGCUGGAUUUGUUUCUAAGGAAAAUGAAAAUGGACUCUAUGUAUGCACAGUCUUGAGUUCCACCACUAGACCACAGCUGACAUCAAACACAGCAGCGUAUAUCAAGCCAGAAGCUCCGACACCACAACCAGUGAAUGACAAAUGUCUCAUUAAAUCCAGAACUGAGCAGGAGAAGUGUGAAAAACAUAAUAAAAUGGAAGUGGCAUCUCAGAUCACUGACCUUCUCAAUCAAACUUCCUUGAAAAAUCUGGACUUCUUUGACCUCCAUACAGUUGUCAUUGCAGUAAUGGAAAAUGUGGAAACUUCCCUACUGGCAUCUUUCUCUACAGACCCCGUAAACCAACGAUCUUCUUUAUCUCCUAUAGAGGCUGAGAUGACGGCUUCUCAUGACCAUUGUGGUAAUGGAUCUUCAGUUAUCCUAAAAGUACAUGGCAACAAAAUGGAAGUACCGUGUUCACUUGUAGACUUCGUAGGUGGUGGAGCCAUGUUUAUCUCAUACAAAGGUCUAAGUUCCAGGAUAAAUGGAAGUAUUCUUGCAGCUUUUGGGGAUUCUGAUGAAACGGGGACAGAAGAAGUGAUUUCCCAAGUGGUUGCUGGAGCUAUCACAAAUCCCAAUACAAAGAACCUGGGCUCACCGGUAACCUUCUCAUUGAAACAUCUGAUGUCUGUAAAACCUUCCCACGCGGUGCAGUGUGUAUUCUGGGACACACAAAAUGAAGUUUGGUCCACCCGUGGAUGUACAACUCAGAACACCAAGCAAGAGAACAGUACCCGCUGUGCCUGCACACACCUCUCCUCCUUUGCUGUUCUGAUUGCCCCCACUAAAAUUCAGGUGGACACUGGCUUAAGAGUGAUCUCUACCAUUGGCCUCAGUAUAUCUAUUGGCUGCUUGUUUCUCUCUUUUCUCACCUUCAUCCUCUGUCGGGCUCUGAGAAGCGCUCACAUCUCCAUUCUAACAGUAAUGUGUGGAUGUCUCUUCCUGGGCCAACUUCUUGUUUUGGUGGGACAUGAACAAACCUGGAAUAAGGAAACUAUGGGUUCUACUAUUACCCUCUGCUCAGUGAUUGCCGGCAGCCUACAGUUCAUCUUCCUCUGUGCAUUCUGCUGGAUGUCUCUGGAAAGCAUCCUCCUCUUCUCGACUGUCCGAAACUUGAAAGCUAUUAAUUAUAUGAACUCUCAACGCUCUUAUUUCCCAUAUAUCUGUCUGACUGGGUUUGGAAUUCCUGCCAUCAUAAUGGUUAUAUCAGCUUCAUUAUAUCCAGAUAUCUAUGGGGAGGAGACACGUUGCUGGGUCAAAGUAAGUCACGUCUGGAGUUUCCUUGGUCCAGUCUGCAUGUUUAUCUCUGUUAAUUUCCUUCUCUUGGUCCUCACAUUUUUGCUCCUCAAGAAGAAGUUGGCAUCUCUAAACUCUAACGUCUCAACCCUAAAACAUACCCGCCUACUGACAUUCAAGGCCUUGUCCCAGCUCUUCAUACUUGGCUGUACAUGGAUUAUCGGCCUCUUUCAGUUCGGAUCUGGUUCCCUUGUUGUGUCUUACAUCUUCACCAUCUGCAACAGUCUCCAAGGAGUGUACAUCUUCAUUGUACAUUGUCUGCUCAACCGCCAGGUACGGGAAGAAUAAAGCAGAGGAUUCCUGAAGUUUCAUUCUAAGAAAUCUAUGUCAAAUAACGUGUCUAGUACUACCAUACGCAUGAGACUAAAAUCACCUAGUAUGAACAAUAUGAACAUAUUACAGCACCCGAUCCAGCACAAAUCAGCACCUUCUGAGGGUGAAGACAAAAUUGUAUUCUUCUAA